UGGAGGAUAUUGAAGCACUUAACCAAGUACUUAUUGUCGAGGGGAAUAACAAGAAUGCUGAACUACAGGAGGCUCGUCAUGCGUUGAUUAUGGGAUUGAAGGAAUCAGCAAGCAACACUAUUGGUGUGAAGAUAAUGGGAGAUCUUGAGAAACAGCCAUUUGUUGCUGCAACCAAGAGAAUCAACAAUUCUAGAAAAUAUAGAAAGAGAGCUGCUGAUAAUAUGGCUGCACAAUGGAAGGACACUGUACAGGAAGUCAUUGAUGAAGAUGAUGAAAAAUUGGACGACUUGAAGACAGAAUUUGGUGAUGAAGUUUUUGAAGCUGUGAAAACUGCCCUGGCUGAAUUGAACGAGUAUAAUCCAAGUGGCAGAUAUCCAGUACUAGAGCUUUGGAAUUUCAUGGAAAACAGGAAGGCGACGUUAGCAGAGGGUGUAUCCCAUCUACUGAACCAUAUGAAACCUAAUAAGCGGAGAAGUGUUCGUCCAACCUCUGCCUGGAAGCCAACUUGAAUGUUCUCCCUUUUCUGAUCAUCAACUUCAUUUGAUAGGGACAUGCAGCUCCAAAGUCUGCAGUCUAUAGAUCGUAGAUUCAUAGGCAUGCUUCAUCUGUGAAUCGACUUUUUGUUUUUGGCAACUUUGAUCAUCAGUACUUUUUUAUUGGUUUUUGUCAUAAACUUCAAUAUCUGUUGAUCGGAAUAUCUAGAAUUUAUAAUUAA